CAGCUGGCAGAGUCGCUCAAGAAGCAGGGGUAUGGCAUCAUUGACGGCUUCAUGGGCGUCGAUGUUGCUGAAAGGAUAAGAGAGGAGCUACUGCACAUGCACCAUGUGGGAGAGAUGAAGCUAAGCGAGCUCGCGGGGGGGAGGACGGGCGACAACCUGCGGUACUCCAUGGCAGAGGUGAGAGGAGACGUCGUGAGGUUUGUUAACGGCACGGAGAAAGACUGCCAGGGCAUCGGCAUCCUCCGGGAUCUCUCCGACCAGGUCAUCAUCCGCGUUCAGGAGAAGCUCCCUGAGCUGGCAGGCGAGGUGAUCCAGCGGGGGAACUUGAUGUGUACGUGCUACCCAGGAGGAGCGUCCAAGGCAGCUCCGUGCGGGCGAGGAGGGCCAUGCCGGUAUGUCCUGCAUUGCGACAACCCCGACAAGAACGGCAGGAGGCUGACUGCCCUCUACUAUGUCAACAAGGGGUGGGUGCCGGAGCACGGGGGGCAGCUCAGGAUCUAUCCUUCAGACGAGACGGGGAGGGCCGUCGGGGAUGCUGUUGAUGUCGAUCCUCUCUUCGAUCGUUUCCUCCUCUUCUUCUCGGACAAGCGAUGCCCUCACGAGGUGAUGGACGCUCGGGCUCCUCGAUACGCCAUCACCACUUGGUAUUACUCGGCAGAGGAG